AUGAUGGUGACGACAUCAGGCAAACCGCCGACAACUCUGCCACGAUCUGAAGAGGAAGAGGAGGAAAAGGAGACAGAGGAGAGAGAGGAGGAAGAGGGGGAAGAGGAGACAGAGGAGGAAGAGGGUAAAGAGGAGACAGAGGAGGAAGAGAAGGAAGAGGAGGAAGAGGAGAGAGAGGAGGAAGAGGAGACAGAGGAGAGAGAGGAGGAAGAGGGGGAAGAGGAGAAAGAGGAGGAAGAGAGUAAAGAGGAGACAGAGGAGGAAGAGAAGGAAGAGGAGACAGAGGAGAGAGAGGAGGAAGAGGGGGAAGAGGAGACAGAGGAGGAAGAGGGUAAAGAGGAGACAGAGGAGGAAGAGGAGACAGAGGAGAGAGAGGAGGAAGGGGGGGAAGAGGAGGAAGAGGAGGAAGAGGAGAAAGAGGAGGAAGAGGAGAAAGAGGAGGAAGAGGAGGAAGAGGAGAAAGAGGAGAAAGAGGAUGAAGAGGAGGAAGAGGGAGAAGAGGAGGAAGAGGGAGAAGAGGAGGAAGAGGAGGAAGAGGAGAAAGAGGAGGAAGAGGAUGAAGAGGAGAAAGAGGAGGAAGAGGAUGAAGAGGAGAAAGAGGAGAAAGAGGAGGAAGAGGGGAAAGAGGGGAAAGAGGAGGAAGAAGAGGAAGAGGAGAAAUAG